CGAAAAUGGUGUAAACUUUUAAUCGCUCUGAUAGAAAAACUAUUUCAGCUUCCUUUUUAUCAAUUUUAUCAAAAACAUUCAGGACGGAAAAUGGGGAGAUUUCAUAUUAUAUAUGUGUUUUUCCUUGGAUUUGUAGCUGUUCUGAAUACUGUAUAUGGUGUAGCUUUAUCGUAUGAUAAGACAUGCUACUCCGUCUCGGAAACAAUGAAACUUACAGCUUUUUACACCGGAAAUGGGUCGGUUACUGCUGUUGAGUGGUAUUAUAGUGGUAAAGAGGAUAGCAAUUUGAUCAUUAUAGCCAGCACUUGCAGGAUUUUUGGAGCGCUAGACGCGGGGUACCCUGACGAAUCAAGAAUGUCAUUCACCUGCUCUCCGACAAUAAAUUCAUUUACACUUACAGUUGCUGAGUUACUGAGUGAUGAGCUCGACAAAUCUUGGGGAGCAACAUUCCACUUAUUUGCAGGAUUGAGCCCUCCUGUAGUUAAACAAUUCAUUAUAUACUGUAGAAGUGGUACAACAAUUACAACACGGAACCAUUUUACAACAACUUCAGCUAAAACAAUUUCAUCAUGGAACCAUGGUAAGAGAUAAAACUUUUACCUACGAACUCAUCAAACAAAUAUUUGCAUUUCGUUCUAUUAUUGUUAUAUUUUCAUGUUAUAUUGUACAAGAAAGCAUACGUACACACAUUUGAAUAAGCCUUCAUAUAAUUAUGCUAAAUUCAUAAAAAUAUUAACCAUAUGCUUGCUUUAUAAUAAAUUUAUAAUUCCUUUGGUAAAUUAAAUAAACAUUUCUGCGUGAAGUAAAUAAUGAUGUUAAUUAUACAUGUUUUUAAAGCAAUAUAAAGUGUAGUGUAGUGUAAUCAAAUUUAAUUUCAAUAUUUAAUCAUUGAUCUCAUGAACUUUUUAUUCACUGAAUCGACGAAGGCAGUCACUUGAUGUAUAGUAGGUAAACAUUCUCACUGCUAAUCGUUUCAUUCUGUUUUCAAUACAUAUUUAACGUUGCUACUAAUUUUCUAGCAGACAACAAAAGUACGGAGUUAUGUUUCAAUGCAUGAAUUCCUUUUAAAGCAUAAGAAGGUGAAUAAGAAUAUUGUACUUAGACAUAGAAAAAACCUAUAUUUAACAACAUAUUUUAUUUUUUAUCCGAGUUAUUGGAUGCCAGCUAAAGCUGUUAUAAAACAACUUUAUCAUCGUAUUUAUAUAUAAUAGUGAGUUAGAUUUUAUCAAUACCCACUACCUAAUAACAUAACAUUUGUUUUUCUAAACUUGGAAUUGGUUACUUUAAGUAAGGACAUUUUAUAUAUGGAAUAGAUAAGAUUAUCAAUACUUACACUAAUCAAAUUGAAACCUGUAUUAAUUCAUUAAUAAAAAAUCGGCAUUCAGAUUUAUCAACCCCAAUAAAAAUGUUUAAAACAUCGAUCAACUAAUAUUUUUGUUUCGUAAUUUCAAUAAGAAUAUCCCCUCAUGAGAUGGUUUUUCUCAAAAACAUAAUUUAUGAAGUUUGAACUUUAUGAUGACAAAUUAAAAAAAUGCCGGCUUCCCUUGUCAAAAAAUGUCAAAUUUAUCCUUGAUAUAAAUACUUCAGAUAUAAACAUCUGUCUAGUCAUGUGAUAGUAAAUAGUUGUUGUUCCCUGGUCAUUUAAUUAUAGCUGUCUCUUUGCAAACAUAAAUGCAUCGCACAUACAUGUACAGUAUUGUAUAUACAAUGUAUAUGUUCUGUACUUAUCUGGGCAUUUCAGCACAUUUUUUGUCAAUAUAUUCCUCAUCACGGAAAAUCCCUAAAUAACCCGAUGAUAUUUCUGAUUAAAUCAUUUUUGUACAAGUUAUUAUAUCUUGCAUAUCUUGUCAUAAUUUUUAUGUAAGAUUUUCUUGUCAAUAAGAUAUUGAAGUGAAUGUUGGUAGAUCUUUUGUCGGAAAUAAUUAAAUGCAUUUUAGUAAUGAAUGUUUCUUAACAUUUAUUUACAAAUAUUCUUUUACAGACCCAUUACAACACUCUUCCCCGGUAAGUCUUAUAUCUUCUUUGUUGCAUUAUUAACUCUUGCAUUUUAUACGAUGCUUCACAUGUUUUGCAAACUACCGAAGAGUUACCGGUUAUGUUAUUGUACAAAAGAUAUACAAUCUAAAUAUCUGCGUAAGGGCUUACAUCAUAUUGCCAAUAAAAUCAUAAUUAAAAGUUCCUCUACUACGGUUUUACUUGGUUUUUAAGGAUAACAUUUAUUUUGAUGCGUUAUCGACAUAUGUUCUCUCAAGCAAUAUUUUUAAGAAUUGCCAAAUGAAACACUUCCAUAGUUUUUAUCUCUAUAUAAAACAACUUAAGGAAAAUGUGUCAAUUGAAGACAAAUUUAUUUUAAAUAUGAAUAUAAUUUGGUUAACCUAUUUUCUUAACAUCGUUAUCAUUUUUUCGCAUCUUAAAAAACCAACAGCAUUUCAAAAGAUAACACAAUAUGUUCGACGACAAUAUUAUACUAAAUAUGCAUUUUCCUACAUUUGUACUAGCACAAUAUCUGGAUGCGAAAUCUAACUCUACUCUUUGCCAUUUCUAUUUGCUUUUUGUAGGUUGCAAUAUGUUAUAGCAAUCUAACCUGUAAAUCCUUAUUUGUAUGUCUUUACACUGAAUUAUUUUAAUAUGAGUUUCUUUUCCCCCUACUUAUGCAAUUGGAUACGCCCA